AGAAGCAAACAUACUGUUAUAAAGUGCACGCGCAAAUUCUGGAUUCUAGAGUCCGGUGUGCCGGUACCGUUUCUGGCCCAGGACCAUCGCUCACACCAGUAGUUGCGGACGGACAGGAACCAGCCGCUGUUGGCGCCACUAACCAAAGUCAACACGAUCAACGCAGAAACCCGAAGUGACGCGCUGCAACACAACAGUGUUCACCACGAAGCCACAGGAAACGAAAGCGUUUUUAGCACUUACAGCGAGGUGAACCCGCGAAAACAGCAGCUCCCGCCAGGGUCGACGAGUUUGCUAAGGCCCGCCCUCCUCGGCGGCUAUUGGCUCACUCGUGAUGCGUUCAAGGCUUACAAAACACAUGACGCGCUGCAGGACGCUUUUUAAACGAUUUAUUUGACAGAUCAAGUAUAAAAUGCCAUACAAUUCAUCACGGACAUUUUGAACAGAAUUUUACACACAUACCAAGUUAAUGCCAAAGAAACAAAAGAAAAAAAAAACAUCAAACGUAAGGAGCUCCUGAGAAAGAAAGGAAGGAAACAAGACACCCGAGAAGAUUUACAAUGUCGGUCACAUGAACAUGAAGAUACCAAAGCCCGAAGAGACGUGAAAUCAUCGCUUCCGACGCAUGAUGAGCAGUGGUGUUUUACAGUGAGGAAUGAGGAGAAUAAGCAGCAGGUGAGGCGCAAACAAGCUCAGCCGGCGAGUGGCGCUUCAUGAAAUGGGAAACGGUCGUGACCUUUCCUUAACUCGACUCCGGGUUUCCUUCCGCACAAAUGUCAGCAGUUAUAAACAAGUGACCAACAAUUCACGCUUCAACUUUGUGUUUAUGAGUGACGUCAGCUGCGUGUUCUCGCGAGAAGUGGGACCGCCUCUUGUUUAUGUGAACCUGCAGCUUCGCCGCGACUCGGACGCCGCGUUGACCAGUCCGAGCCGAGCUCACCUGGCCGCGUCCCAGGGCGGACAUCGAUCCUGCUCCCGGGCCCCUGCGGCACCUGUGUCGGCGCCGAGGCCGCGGCGGGAGCGCAGAGCUCCGGAGCGGGGAGCGGCCUGCUCCCGCACCCGCAUCCUGCUGCAGCUGUGGCGGCCAACGUCGCCUGCUCGCCCCGCUGCUGACGUCAGGACACCCGGCCCGGCCCCUCGCGACGAACCGAGUCUGAGCCGAACCUCGGUCCCGACCCGACUGGUGCCGCCGGAGCGAGUCGGAACCGGAGCGGCCUGUCGGCUGCGCGCGGACGAUGACUCGGUGCCGGACCGGACUCGCACCGACGUGAGAGCCGACGAUGGGAGUAUCGCGGUGCAAGCCGCGCGGCAGAGGCUGCUAGUGAGGCGCGCUCUGUUCAGCCGAAGCUCGGACCUCCCUCCCCUCCAAGUGUCGCCCCUCGACUGUGUGGUGCCGGGUCGUCAGGCGUCUGAGAUGAACCCGGUGAACGCGACCUCUCUCUACGUGUCCGCGAGCCGCUCGGCGCUGCAGUGCGACCCCGCUGACCCCCGAGCCCUGGCCGAGCUCUGCAAGCUGCUGCCCUUCUUCCGCCAGUCCGUGUCGUGUCUGGUGUGCGGGAACCUGCUGCAGGAGCCCGUGGCCCCGGUGGACUCCUCGUGCCAGCACUCCGUGUGCCGCGGCUGCAGGGGCCAGCGGAUGCAGCUGAAGCCGUCCUGCAGCUGGUGCAAGGACCAGUCCGGCUUCCAGGAGAACCGGCAGCUGUCUCUGCUGGUGCGCUGCUACAGGACGCUGUGCCGCUACAUCACGCAGUCGCCGCUGGCCCCGCACGUGGCCAGCGCCGCCUGCAGCUCGCCGGACCUCCAGGCCGUCCUGGACGAGGGUCUGGGAGCCGCCGCCGAGGACCAGCCGCACGGCUCGGAGGAGAGCCGGGCCCCGGAUGAGCCGGCUCUGAACGGACUUCACGACUGCAACGGCGUGCUGGGCCCGGAGGGGGGCUUCACCCAGGAGGUCCCGCUGUGCGUCAGGGCCGCCCUCGGCGAGGAGCUGAAGCACGGCGGCGGGCCGCUGCUGCUGAGCGUGGAGGAGGUGCUCAGGACUCUGGACACCGAGCCCGAGCCCGACCCGGCAACUCCGCCCGCCUUCCCUGGGCCUCGCUGCCCCCCGCUGACCUCCUCCAGCCAGCUGUCCAAGUCCACGGCCCCUGAGCUCGGUUCCCCUCAGCCCCUCCCUCGUGGCGCCCGGACCCCGCCCCCUCCCCGCUGCCACCGGAAGCGGUCCCGCUCGGAGAGUGACAGCGAGAAGGUGCAGCCCCUCCCCAUUUCCAGCCUCCUACAGGGCUCCUCCCCCGUCCUCACCCACCCACAGGAUCCAAAGUUCCCAGCCCCCUCGCAGCGCCCUCACCUGGCCCCGGUACCGAACGGCGGCUGCCCCAAGGUGGGAAAGACUGUCCUCAUCUCCAGCAAGAACCUCAAGAAGACUGUGGAGCACCAUGGUGGCGCCAAGAAGGUUUGUGCUAAGGCCCGGCCAGGUGGCGCCAAGCCCCGCCCCCAGUCACAUGAGCGGCUCCUCCCUCACGCGCUGACUCACCCCCCCAGUCCCUCGAAGCCUCAGUACAAGAAGCCGGUGGAGAAGAAGGGCUGCAAGUGCGGCCGAGCCACACAGAACCCCUCGGUGUUGACCUGCAGGGGGCAGCGCUGCCCCUGCUACUCCAACCGCAAGGCAUGUCUGGACUGCAUCUGCCGCGGCUGCCAGAACUCGUACAUGGCCAACGGCGAGAAGAAGCUGGAGGCCUUCGCCGUCCCAGAGAAGGCUCUGGAGCAGACGCGGCUCACGCUGGGCAUCAACCUCACCAGCAUCGCCGCUGCCGCCCUCCGCAGCCCGUCCUCAGCCUCACCGGCCAGCGCCCUCCUCAACGUCGCCGCGGCGAGCGGCCCGCCCGUCGCGCCCUCCUUCCUGUCGGGGGCGGGGCACGACGGCUUCGAGGAUUCUCUGGAGAUGAGGUUCGAUUGUUGAUGCCGCCACAUUCCCGCUGGCUCUGACUCCGAGUGCCAAACACAGGCAGCUACAGUGACGGGCGGAGGGUGGCGCCGCCUGCUGGCGAACCAGCCCCGGCUUCUGGACGCAGCGACGGAGGCGCUCGAUCCGGUUCUGCCGACAGGCGCGUGUGUGAGUGUGUGUGUCCGAGUCUGAGAGGUCGUAGCUGUUAACGUCACUUCCUAUUUGAGUGUCAGAGUGGGUGGAGCUUCAGUCGACAGGCGUCGCUCAGAUGUCCUGACUCCAACCAACCUGCUGCAGGUGUGUGAGUGUGUGUCCCAGUCUGAGAGGUCGUGGCUGUAAUUCAUAUCAAGGUGUUUUGUUAACGUCACUUCCUGUUGGAGUGUCAGAGUGGGCGGAGCUUCAGACCUGCCAAGCUGCUGCAGGUGUGUGCAGGUGUGUGUGAGAGAUAGUUGUGACCUGUGGGUCGGUCCAGAUGCUUCUACAUUCCGCUUCAGGUCCGAGUUCAUACAGACAACUUCAUUUACUCACACGUUUGUCUUCCUGUCUCAGUGAGGACCAUUGACAUACAUUAACAUCACCCUUUCCCCAGCCUCCUCCUCCCUCUCUGAACCUAAACCCUCCAACUGAGGCCAGGUGAGCAGCUGCCACGAGGUCCUCGCUCUGUGGGUUAGAAACUCACACAGGUCCUCACAAAGAUAAUGUAAUGCACACACACACUCAGCUGACUGAAGAGCAGCGCCUCCUGCUCCAACCACCGUCUCAGUUCCAGGUGCAGCUGGACAAGACAGCUCCAACAGGCUCUUCACACUCUCUUGUCACAGGAGCAGAAGUGACGUCAGUGGACUUGUAUUGUUGCCCUUGUGGGGACCUGUAGCCUCACGAGCUUCCAUCUGAUCCUGCGGCUGGGGAAAGGGUGAUGGCCAGGAGAGCUCCCCACAAGGACAGAGAGGCAAGUGUGUGUGUGUGCGCGUGUCAGGUGAACUGAGGAGAGCAGUCGCUGAAGCUUCACUCACUCCUGAAGGGAAACACGUGCUGCUAAACACCAGACUUAACAUCUGCAGUAUUUAUUGUUCAGACCUGUGUGCGUGUGUGUGUGUUCCUGCGGGGCAUUUCAGAACCUGUAAAAUAUCUGUAACAUAUUUCCACCAAAUGAAAAGGUAAAACACGUGACCGAGUGUUGACGGUUAUUGUCCGCGCGCGCGUGAGCGUCCGUGCAGCAGGGGGCGCCACAGCCGAGCGUGUCUCAGCCUGGAACCGAGCCUCGUGCGAACACGUUCAGACGAUGAACAAGGAAGCUGAGCGUGGAAAGUGGGCGGAAUGCGACCAGCCACCCGUCAAACCAAGGCUCAACUCAGUGGCGUGGUCGAACAGCCACUCGAGCGUGCGGGGUUGAACCGCACGUAUUCACUUGUUUGCGUCUGCGCAGUAGAAUCACAGAAUAUCCACGUAUGACAACAAAGAUUUAUUGGACAUAUUUACACACAAAACAUAUUUACAUUCACUUUUAAUUGAGGUGUGUGGACUCAGUGGUGCUAGCUGGCGCGGCGCGGCGGCUGGGCCGCGUCUCGGGGUCACUGCAGUGGCUUCCACAUUCCACUGAACCUUGACACCACACUUUUUUUUUUUCAAACUCAAAUUUAGAUAAUAUUGACACCUUUAUUUACACACACUUCCAGACACACACACACACACACACCAGUGUAGUCCAAGAAUCGGUGGCAACAAACUCAUCGCUUCCUGUUUCAAGUCUCAGAGGUGAGAGAACGUCAGCGCCCCCUAGCUGAUGAGAAAGGCUCCAAAAAAGCUGCUCUUCUCGUCCAUGUCCACUGCAGAGGCGUUGGUCACCGUGACAAACAGACGGUCGCCUACACUGAGAGGGAACAGUCCCCCCUGGUGGGCGGAGUGCAGAGAGAACUGGGAGCCACGGGACCAGCAGGAGGUUCGGCUCGUCUUCAUCAGCAGGAAGGGAUCUCUGUAUGAGCUCACCUGGUGAGAGAGAAGGGCUUGGUGUCGUCACGGUGACCAGUGCGUGAGUGAUGUGUUAGCGUUGUCACAGUGACCAGCACCUGAGUGAUGUGUUAGCGUAGUUGUGGUGACCAGCGUGUGAGUGAUGUGUUAGCGUAGUUGUGGUGACCAGCGCGUGAGUGAUGUGUUAGCGUAGUUGUGGUGACCAGCGCGUGAGUGAU